AAAUCAACCACUGGGCUGGAAUGGUCAACUGCUCUGCCUCUGGCAUGUCGACACGACGGACCCCACCGUGCUUGCCAUGAAUCGGAAGUCUGGCGGUCACGCCGCGAUACAAUUGCGCUGUUUUUUACGCUAUUUGUUUGGCGCGCCUGUGUUACGGGAACCCGUCUUGGUUUCGCCGAAGCAUCAAGUGUGUUGGGAGGUGCAACCGCGGGCCAACAAGAAAAUGAUUAUAGUCAGAUAAGGGAUUGCGAAUGGCCAUUGCGGGUGAAAGGCGUGUCCCUUGCGGAACCCCUGCAGCUCGGCUACCAAGGUCCAUGGAGCGAAAGCUUCAUCCGCCAGUCAGACACAGAAGCCCCACGCACAUUGGUGUCAAAUACCCGGCGGGCCGCGACAAUUUUGAUGGAAAACGACUGUAAUAAUAAUAAUAAUAAUAAUAAUAAUAAUAAUAAUAAUAAUUUAAUU